AUGAACGCAUUUAAUGCAAAUUUUGGCCAGGAUGAAGGCGUAGCUCGACGAGGUGCGGCACCGCGGGCCAAUAUGGAACGCGGUGACUGGCAUCGGUCCGAUGAGGAGUCCGACGACGAUGAGCCGGAUAUGAUGGAUCCGGUAAUCGCCGCCUCAUCGGACGAGGAGAACGAUGAGGACGUAGAGGACAGUGGCUACGGGUCAGAAGAGAGCGAGGCAGAGUCGGCGGUGAAUCCGGGCCACCAGGAGGAGGAAGAAGACGACGAGAUGUGGAGAGAGCUGGACGAGGCGGUAGCCAUGAUGGAGAACGAAGUGGCGGAUGAAGCUAGCAGCGGCCGAAGCAGCCCAAAUGAGUAUGCGCCGUGGGAUCAGGAAGAAAUACCUGAGCCACCGGCACAAGCAUGGGAGCCAGCACGGCCGCCGACGCCGUUUCGUAUGGUGGACUACAUGUCCGAAGCCAGCGAAUCGGAAGAGGAGGCCGUGGAGGGUUCCGACGACGAUGAGCCGGAUAUGAUGGAUCCGGUAAUCGCCGCCUCAUCGGACGAGGAGAACGAUGAGGACGUAGAGGACAGAGGCUACGGGUCAGAAGAGAGCGAGGCAGAGUCGGCGGUGAAUCCGGGCCACCAGGAGGAGGAAGAAGACGACGAGAUGUGGAGAGAGCUGGACGAGGCGGUAGCCAUGAUGGAGAACGAAGUGGCGGAUGAAGCUAGCAGCGGCCGAAGCAGCCCAAAUGAGUAUGCGCCGUGGGAUCAGGAAGAAAUACCUGAGCCACCGGCACAAGCAUGGGAGCCAGCACGGCCGCCGACGCCGUUUCGUAUGGUGGACUACAUGUCCGAAGCCAGCGAAUCGGAAGAGGAGGCCGUGGAGGGUGUGGGUGAGGCUGAAGGAGUGGCCAGCCAAACGCCUGGAAAUGUCGAAAAUGUGGUGCCAGGCGACGCAUGUUGGCAACACAUCUAUCAUGCCCAGUGCCGUACGGGCACGAAAGGUAUGAGGCAGUGCCAGAAGAAGAAUGGCCAGAAAGGGUGGUGGAUGUUGUGGGCCAAAUGGCCCAGCACGAAGGACCACGAGUAG